AUGUCCGUAUUGUCUUUUGUUUCUGGGUUCUCAAAGCUUGAAAAGAUUCAACAACUUGAAGAGUUAAAGUUUAUGAAUAGACAAGAUGAAAAUUACGUAAAGGAUUUAUUGGCAACUUAUUACAUGAUUGAAUCCAUUCCGAUCAUUAGAAAUUUUGAUGAUUGUACCAAAUAUUUGGAAUUUAAUUUCAAAAAUGUGAGAGGGGAAAAGUAUUGUGGAAUGUCCUUCGUCGAUCGCUAUGAAAUAUUAAAGAGAGUUUCUAGGAUGGCAGUGAUUGCCUAUCCGAUAGGAUUAGAGGCUCUUCAUCGGUGGUUGUUAGCAACAAUAACAGAGAAGGAAGAGGAUCAUCAGAAUUUAAACCUUUCAUCUCCAAGUAAGCAAACAACAGAAGAAUUGGACGAAUCAGAGACAAUGUUUAGGACUAGAACAGCAACCUUAUAUUGUUUUUACAAACCAAAGAUAUCACCCAUUCUUGCCAUUCGAUUCAACAGCUCACAACAAGAUAGAUGGCUACAGAGUAGGUUUAGACAAAAAUUUGGUGUGAAUACAGUGUUGAAUGUUGGAUUUAGCUUUUUGAGAAUGGGUUUCAAAUCUCAAAUGAUUCUUGAAUCUACUGGAGAGCACCCUGAAAUUUUAAAUAAUAUUGAAUUGAAGGAUCAAGUGGCUAUGGAAUCAAAAUCAGAGGAUCAUGGAGAUAUAGUAUUAUUGAGACAAUAUUUAAAUCAAUUCAAGGAAGGAAAAUUCGAUGAGGAAACAUUGAAAUUAAUGAAAGACCAAAAGCACAUUAGCAGAGUGUUAAUGGAUAACCAAUCAUUCAGGCUAAUAGAGCCAUAUAUAGAAAGAGAAGAGCCUUUACAUAUUGCUGGAUUUACAUUCCAGAAACUGUGUCAAAAUACGAGUGGAAUGCAUUCUUAUCGAUUUAUUUACAUGUGUCCUGAUCUUUCCAAACUUCCAAACAAUUCUUCCCUAUCAAUACAUGAUGUAAAAACAUGGGCCAUUCCAGAUACAUUGAACAGGGAUCUUUAUUUUGAGAAUAACAAAUUAAAGCAAAGUUUAAGACUGGCUUUAUUUAAUACUCCUGUUAUUCCUACUAUUGGAGUUUCAGAAUACACUGUUAUUAAUGAUGAGGGACUUUUCACCGAUGGAUGUGGAUUUAUUUCUCUUGAAUUGGCUAUGAAAGUUUAUGAAAUUGUUCGUAAAUCUAAAAAUUUAUUGAAAUACCAGAGCAAACAAUCGAUGGAUGAAGAUGGUAUCUACGAAGAAAAUGAUGGAGUAGAGUUUCUAGUCAAUGAAUAUCUUCCCUGUGCAUACCAAAUAAGAUUUAGAGGAGCCAAAGGCAUGGUUUACAUCCAUCCAAAUGCGGAAAAGGUGUAUGGUCACCAUUUAGUGCUAAGGAAAUCAAUGAUGAAAAUUGAACACCCAAACACUGAUGAUGAUAUAAUUAAUAAUUUAUGCAUCGUAGGUUAUUCAAGCCCCUGUGAUUUUGCUAGAAUCAAUUCGACAAUUAUGCACAUUUUAGAAGGGUGUGAAGAUGAAACAAAACAAGGAAAGAUAUUCGAAAUACUAAACCAAAAGGCCUGUAAACAUAUUGAAAAUUUGAUGAAAAACUAUAUUUCAGAAUCGGACAUUGACAAGGUUUUUGAUCAGUACGUAAAACAAGGAGACUAUGCCUCUCUUAACGUUCUUUCCAUUCUAAAAAGCAAAAAGCUUGCUUUCCUGACAGGCCCCUACAGAAACCAAAUACUCUCCUUGAGAAUUCCUUGUUACAGUUCUAGAAGGUUGUACGGAAUAGCAGAUCCUUUCGGAGUACUCAAAGAAGGUCAAAUAUUUAUUCAAGUUUCCUCUCUAAAUGAUCCAAAGAAGAAGAAUGUAAUUGAGAAUACUGUGAUUGUCACUAAAGAGCCAUGCUUACAUCGUGGUGACCUGAGAAAAUUAGAGGCAGUCAACAUUCCUGAAUUGAAUUUUCUUUACGAUGUUAUUGUUUUUCCUACAAAAGGAAGUAGACCAAUAACAAAUAUGAUUGCAGGAUCUGAUCUAGAUGGAGAUCAAUAUUUUGCAUGUUGGGAUAACGAACUAGUAGAAUCAUUAGUAGAGUUCGAUCCAGGAUCUUUUGAUGACGACUACAAUGAGACACGAUCAUUCGAUCCUGAUAUAUUCAAAGACUUGAUUGGAAUUCGUCAUUUGUUUGCUGAUUUUUAUGGAAAUCAAUGGUCACGAAAAUACUGGAAUAACAUGGAAAGAUUAUGUACUCUCAUCAACAGGGCUAUCGACGCUCCCAAAAAAGGCAACUACAGUGUUGCUGUAAAUGCACAAGAUUUAGAACUACUUGAAAAAUUCCCUGGCUUUCCACACUACCACAAGAACAAACAUGGUCCAUUGAGGCGCAGUGUUUCUCUAGUUGGUAAAUUAUAUGAUAGUAUGCAAUUGUUAGUUUCUCAAAAAUUAGAGUUUAAAGACCCAAAUUCUCAAAUAGCACGUGUAGAUGACAGACAACAUUUAAUCACAUUUAUCAAGUACAAGAUAGCAAAUAUUUUCAAAAACAACACGAAACCAAAUGAUUAUCAAAAAAGGAUGGAAGAUAUUUAUAAGGAAUUAUUUCAAACUAUUUUCAAACAGAUUAACAAAAAGAAACAGCGAGUUCAAAUGGUCUCGGAAAUGAUGGACCUUUUUUGGAGAUUUUUUGUAUUAUUUCUUAAGGACAAGGAGGUGCAUAUUAUUUCUCUAAAUUCCUCUCUAAAAUCUGUCACACAAUUUGGUUUAAAAAUGGGCCAUUUAAUCAAAGACAAAAGCAGAUUUAUUCUAAUCCCAAACUUCUCCUCUCACAUUUUAGAAAUGGAGAAAUCAGAGCAAAAUAAUUACACUCUCUACUCUUUAGUGUUAAAUAAUGAUUCUCAAAAAAGAAAAUUGAUUUCUUAUUUUAUAGAAGAUGCUCAAAGAAGAAACCAAUAUGAGAUGAACGUUAAUACUUUAGAAAUGGAAGGCGUGGAAUAUGGAGUUUUAUAUUCUGCAAGUCAAUUGGAUAUGAUUUUGGAAGUUAGUAAUGAUAAAGGGGAGAAAUUAUUCCAACAAGCUAUUCAUUAUUCCAAAACAAACAAUACCGAAACUUUUGAGCUAUUUAAGAAAGUAUAUGAUAGUAACUAUAUUCCUGCCAUUAAUUAUGUUGCAUCAAUGCUUGAAGAUGGUGAUAAUGGAAUAUCAAGUAAUGAAUUGUUGGCAUUUAAACUUUACCAAAAAGCACUCGAUUUAUCCAAGCAAAAGCUUUCUACUAUUACUACAGAUAUCUUAGUUUCUGGCGAACACAUUAUAUUAGGUAAUAAUAUGAAUUUAAAAAGAAUGGAAAUUGAUGAAGAAUAUAGAAAACUUAUUUUUAGAGAAGCUGAAAUAAUAAGUACGCAUAUUGAAGCUCUUAGAAAUGUGGCUAGAAUGUUUUUUAAUAAGGGUAAUUAUCAAGAAGCACACGAAUUGUAUUUGGAAGCAUCUACAAAAUUCAAUGAUUCUGAUUCACAAUAUGAUAUUGGAGAAAUGUAUGAGCUGGGUGAUGGUGUUUUAUUGGAUAAACAUGAGGCCAUUAUAUGGUAUCUAAAAGCAGUAGAAUCUGAUGUGAAGAAUUCAGAAGCACUCUUUCGUUUAGGAUAUCUCUAUAAAGAAUUAAAGGAUAAUCAAAAAGCAUGGGAUUACUAUCAAAAAGCUGCUGAACUUGGAAAUAAUGAAGCCCAAUAUGAAGUAGCUUGCAUUUAUCAUCAUACACUUAAUAUCAUCCAAACACCCAAUUAUUCACUUGCUUUUGAGUGGUAUUGCAAAUCUGCUAAUCAAGGAAAUUCAAAUGCACAAUAUUCUCUUGGAAUGAUUUAUAUGUAUGGACUUGAUAAGGUUGUCCCGAAAAACAUUAAGCUUGCACAUUCAUGGUUGCUCAAAGCUGCUCAACAACAAAAUUCAGAUGCAGAGUUGGCGUUGGGAAAGUUAUUAUGUGAAACAGAUGUAACACAAGGAACACUCUGGUUGUUGAAAGCUGCUAAAAAUGGAAACCAAGAAGCUAGAGGAUACUUUGGUGAACAAUAUAACCAUUUUUCCGCGAUAGAGUUUGAAUAUGAAAAACAAUCACUCACAAGAGUCCCAACAUUUGUUUCUAAACCAAAAAGGAAUAGAAAAAAUUAAAAGUUAAUGACCUAAAAAGUGUUGAAUUUUGAUUUAC